CUUACUCAUACUCUAUUUUACUAGUCUAUUCUCAUUCAGGAUACAGUAAGACAGUGUACCGGACUUCUGAGCGUAUGUGGAUUUAAACCAAGAGAGUUAGCAUCAUAAAUCAUGCACUGAUUGUAUCAGAUGAGACGAAGGAAUUUACCAUAGCUGGAGAUGCCUCGGGCUGUGAGCCAGCUCUGUCUAACCAGAACAGGAAAUCUCAUGUGAAAGGUCUAACAGUCUCUGCUUUCAUCACCCAUUAGUCCAUCAGCCCAGAUUUUCCCUUGUUUUUGUAUCAAAGGUGUACACCUGAGUCAGUAGGGCUUUGAAGGUUGUAGCCAGCCAAUCGGUGGAGAGAGAUGUGGCCGCAGGGGCAGUGGGCUCCUCUGGCUGUGCUGUCAAUCAUUGUGCUGCUGUGGAAGGAGGCGGCUCCCAUUAAUGUCCCUCCAGACCCAAGGAUCCAGCAGGACUUGAAACAGCCCCCUACUAUUGUGAAGCAGUCAGCAAAGGACUAUAUUGUGGAUCCCCGAGAUAACAUCAUCAUUGAGUGUGAGGCCAAGGGCAAUCCUGUACCAACGUUUUGGUGGAGACGAAAUGGGAAGUUCUUCAAUGUGGAGAAGGAUCCACGUGUAACCAUGCGUAAACGCUCAGGCACACUGGAGAUCAGCUUUAGGAAUGGCGGAAAGCCUGAGGACUACGAGGGAGAAUACCAGUGCUUUGCUAUGAAUGACUUUGGCACUGCCAUAUCCAACAAAAUAUUGUUACGUGUUUCCAAGGCACCGCUAUGGCCUAAAGAGGUUUUGGAACCAGUGGUAGUAAGUGAGGGAUCACCUCUGGUCCUGGCCUGUAACCCACCUCCUGGACUUCCACCGCCUAAAACAUUCUGGAUGGACAGUAAAAUGAUGCCUAUUGCGCAGGACACUCGAGUGUCCAUGGGUCUGAAUGGAGAUCUUUACUUCUCUAAUGUACUCAGUAAGGAUGCUGCCACUGACUACAGCUGCAAUGCCCGAUUUCUCUUCACACACACAAUCCAACAGAAGAAUGCUUUUAUCCUCAAAGUGCAGACAAAGGAACCUUUUAAUGACACUGUUUACUCUCCAAACGACACUUACACAUAUGUUGCACGUAACAUUCAAGAAUCAACACCUACCUUUCUUUCUCCCUCGGGAACAUCCAGCUCCAAGAUGGUGCUCCGUGGAGAGGAUCUUCUCCUGGAGUGUAUAGCUGCUGGAGUUCCAACUCCAGGAAUUAAAUGGAUUAAAAAAGGAGGGGAUUUGCCAGAGAAAAAGGUCAAAUUUGAGAGCUUCAGUAAAACCAUGCGUAUAGUGUCUGUUUCGGAUGAGGAUUCUGGAGACUAUAUCUGCAUGGCCAGUAAUAAAAUUGGCAGCAUCCGCCACACUAUCUCCGUUCAGGUUAAAGCUGCUCCUUUUUGGAUACAUAAGCCAUCUAACCUUGUGCUAGCUCCCAAUGAGAAUGGCCAGCUGCAGUGUUUAGCUAGUGGAAACCCCAACCCCAGCAUCCAGUGGCUUGUAAACGGAGAGCCGAUAGACAGUGCACUGGAAAAUCCAAGCAGGAAGGUGAAUAAUGAUGCUAUCAUUUUCAGCUCAGUGCAAAUUGGCACAAGUGCUGUAUACCAGUGCAAUGCAUCAAAUGAACAUGGCUACCUCCUGGCCAACGCUUUUGUCAACAUACUGGAUAUGGCACCCCGGUUAUUGGGACCGAAGAACCAACUGAUUAAGGUGAUUGAGAACACACAAGCCUUUCUGGAUUGCCCUUUUUUUGGCUCACCUUAUCCAUUUGUGCGGUGGUUUAAGAAUGGCCAGGGUAUAGCUCCGAAUGGAGGGAAGUACAACUUGCAUGAAAAUGGUACCUUGGAGAUCAGGCGAGUUCGACGUGAAGACCAGGGAACUUAUAGUUUUGUGGCAAGCAACAUCCUGGGAAAAGCUGAAGAUCAGGUCCAUUUGGAAGUCAAAGAGCCAACGCGGAUUGUCCGAGCUCCAGAGCAUCUCUCUGCCAAUAGAGGAAGUGUGGCUCGUUUUGAUUGCAAGAUUAAACACGAUUCCACACUCCCCACUACUGUCACCUGGCUAAAAAAUGACAAGCCCCUGCAUUUUUCUUGGCUGAACAGGUUAAGGAAGGAGGAGGACUACUUGACCAUUAGCCACAUCCAGCCGGAUGAUGAGGGAACAUACACUUGCACAGUUACUACAGAAUUAGACCAGGACUCUGCCUCGGCUCGCCUUACUGUUUUAGACGAUGAAUCCCUAGCUCCCUCAAAACCUAGUGCCUUAGCAGGUUUUCCUGAUCCUCCUCAAGAUUUGGAGCUGUCUGAUCUAUCAGCACGCGCUGUCCGGCUCACCUGGAUCCCCGGUGACGAGAACAACAGUCCUGUUACACAAUUUAUUGUUCAGUAUGAGGAAGACCGCUGGAAACCUGGUGAAUGGCAAAAUCUGUCAAGUUAUGCAGGUGAUCAGAACUCUGUGAAACUGGAUCUGUCUCCAUUUGUGAACUACCAAUUCAGAGUGAUUGCUAUUAACAGCGUGGGUCAGAGCCAGCCAAGCCGGCCAUCAGCCCGCUACAAGACCAGUGGAGCACCUCCUUAUGUGUAUCCCCCUGGCCUUAAAGGGUGGGGUACCAAGAAAACCAAUAUGGAGAUCACUUGGCAGCCCCUACUUGAUAACCAAAGGAAUGGACCUGAUCUGCGGUAUGUGGUCUCAUGGAGGAGGAAGGACUUGGAGGAGGAGUGGAGUUAUAUCACCACUACCAAUACCAAGCAUGUGGUCAGUGAUACAGACACUUAUGUCCCCUAUGAGAUCAAGAUCCAGGCAGUCAAUGACUUUGGACCCGGCCCUGAGUCAAACAUAGUUAUUGGCUACUCAGGGGAGGACAGGCCUACAGAGUCACCGGGAAACCUCAGGGUGUCAAAGUUAAACAGCUCUAAAGUGAAUGUAAACUGGAUCCCCGUCAGCGCUAAAUCUAUUAAUGGGGAGUUUAAAGAGUAUAGGCUAUAUUACUGGAGGGAGGCCAGCCUGGUAAAAGAUUUGAAGGUGAAUAAGGACAAGAAAACAAAAGGCUUCUUCAGCGAUGUGUCUCAAAACAGUGGUGUCCUAGAGGAUCUUGUCCCUUACAGCAAAUACAAGAUGUACAUGGUGGUGGCCAACAACAAAUUUGAGGGACCUCACAGCAACACUGUGGAGUUUCAGACCAAGGAAGGCUUGCCGGGGGCUCCUAAGUUCUUCAAGAUUGUCCAGAGGAACACCAACACCAUUCACUUAGAGUGGAAUAAGCCUCUAGAGCCGAAUGGCAUUCUGAUUGGAUAUACGCUCCAGUACAAGACAGUCAAUGGGACGCAGGAGGGUAAUCUACAAGUCAUGAGCUUCUUCCCUAAUGAGACAGAUUACACAAUGCGCCUGCCUGACCGCUUUACCCGCUACAAGUUCUACCUGUCUGCUCGGACGCAGGUCGGCUCUGGUGAAGUCUAUGCAGAGGAAUCGCCACACUUUACCAAUGAAGAAGACUUUAUGACUUCAGGUACUGACCCUACAGGUGUAGUGAUCGAUUCUACAGAUGCCGUGGUGAUUGCAACUGUUCUUCCCCCUUUUUCCCAACCUACCAUCCCAAGUACAACCAUUACAACCUCAACAACUACCACCCUUGCCCCUACAACUGAUGCCAUCCCCACUACUCCUGCUCCAACUACUCCAACUACCACAACUACUACUACAACUACAACAACCACCACUCCUAGUACUACCACCUCCGCUACAACCCAACCCACCCUGCCUUUCAUGCUGGCCCCACAUUUAAAGAUCUGGAAUCUGACUGUGGAUGCUAACAGUGACUAUGCUAACGUCAGCUGGAAGCACAAUUUCCCAGUUGGCAGCAGCGGGUUUGUGCUAGAGUCCACACUGGACAGUAAUGGGUCUAAGAAAAGUGUGCUGUUCAAAACUGAACCUCCCAUUAAGCUGCCUGGGUUGAUAGCAGGAGCUAAGUAUCGGCUCCGUGUGUAUUCCCAUGAACAGCCCAGAGUCACCAGCGAGUAUGUCACCUUCGAGACCAGUGGAGCCUACAGUACCGACCAAGUCGACAUUGCCACGCAGGGUUGGUUCAUUGGACUCAUGUGUGCCAUUGCACUCCUCAUUCUCAUCCUGCUCAUUGUUUGCUUUAUCAAAAGAAGCAGAGGAGGAAAAUAUCCAGUGAGAGAUAAAAAAGACCUCCCUUUGGACCCUGUGGACCACAAAGACCAGGAUGGAUCAUUUGAUUACCACAGCGAUGAGGACAACAAGCCUUUGCAGGGAAGUCAGACCUCUCUAGACGGCAAUGUCAAGGAAAGUGAUGACAGUCUAGUAGACUACGGAGAGGGAGGGGAUGGCCAGUUCAAUGAGGACGGCUCCUUCAUAGGCCAGUACACGGUCAGAAAGGAUAAGGAAGAGACGGAGGGCAAUGAGAGCUCAGAGGCCACAUCACCUGUCAAUGCCAUCUAUUCUUUGGCAUAGAUUCUUCUGGAAUGAACAGAAGGCCAAAUGCACAUACAGUUUAAUUCAAUAUAUACAUAGAGAGAAAUCUGGAACCACAUAUACACAAUAAAUGUUGAGAUGCACAGUCCCUAUGAAGGAAGCAGGGGUGAGACAACAAACCCCUGGUGGAGAGCAUUCAGAACUUGGACUUCAGUGUGCCUUUAGGGCAAUCGGGCACAGGGAAGACAAUGGCAACCUGAGACUUUCAAGCAUUUUCUGUGGCUUAUUUUUUUAUUUUUUGAAAUCCUGAACCCACAUUCACACUUUCUAAUAUUAGAGAAAAGCAGACACAAGCAGCAGUCCUGUGACAUAUCAGUAGUGGGCCGAAUCAACAAAGGAACAUCGGCAAAUGCCAAAAAUAUGAUAGAUGCGUUAAUAAAUGAUAUAUGAAUGCUGUAAUCAGUGCUGGCACAGCUUGCUGUACCAUAAAAAUCUAUGCACUAUGUAUUACCAUAAUUUACUUUUGGUUGAAAUUGGGUGAUCAAAUUUGUUCUUUCCUUUCAUAAUGCAAAAGCAUUAAUUACUGUUUAGUCACUGUUAAAUCAUUGAAAUGCUAUACUUCCUGGCACCCAUGCCCUAGCAGUGGAUAUAUCUACUGUAGUUUGAUGCCUAUUUUUGCAAGAAUAUUUUCACUGGCUGCAUCUAUAGCAUUAUCUAAUUAGCACUACUGAUGUUUAUAGAGCCAAAGGCAAGCACCAUCGUUUAUCAGAUUGAAAAAAAAAACUAACCAAACAAACACAUAAGAAACACAUUAUUUUGGAGCAUGGUCAUGUUUGUGCAAGAGGCAGAGAGGUUGCAAAGAAGACUUUAUCUCUGUUAUCUCAGUAAAACACAAUUGUAUAAUCAUUUUUUUUAGCUGCCACUAAAUAUUAGAUAAUGGGGGUGAUGAUGACGAUGAUGAUGAUGAUGAUGAUGAUGAAUAAUCUGACAUCCACUAUUUUUUCUAGUAUUUUGGGGUGUGGUCUUUGUUUUAGUAAGUUUGUUCUAGGGUAUUUUAGGUGCAAAGUAGAUGGAUAGAUGUGGAAGCAGUAAUGCAAAACGCCUUGCAUAAGAAAAGUUUUUAACAACAAAACCAUGUUUGAUAUUAUCGACCAUUUUAAACUUCUAUAUGUCCCACAGCUUACAGAAACAAGAUUGAUAAGUGGAUCCAGGCAAAUAGGGUCUUAUUUCACUAUUAAAACAUUGCAUGGUGACAGGUUAUAUGAAAAGAUUAUUUAAAUUGCUUGAAUAGGGGACCAUACGAUUUAGCAUGCUUUCAUUUCAGAGCUUGGUUUCACCACCGCCUAAAAAGCAACUUGAAGUCUAGUGCAACCUACAGUGGUGGGCGUGGACACCUAGCUUAAGCAAAUACAGCACCAAUAUAGUUACUUCAAGCAGAGGGCUCAGUGUAUGUAGAACGAAAUAUUUAUUUGUAUUAAUUUAUACAAUUUAUAUAAUUAAUAUAUUGCUGAUUUAUUUAAUGAACACCCAAUUUUAACCGCUUGUCUCAUGGGGUCACUGAAUAGUUUUUCACCCAACAUAAGGUACAGUAAAUAUGUACUUUAAAAAAACUAUAUUAGGCCCAUACUGUGUAAUAAUGGUUGGGUGGGAUAAGGGCAGUGGAUGUUUUAUCCACUAAUAAAAAAAUGUAUGUAUCCAUUAAAUGUAUGUUUUAUCUCUUAAUACUGCUGUUUCUUUUGUAUUACUGUUAUUGUAUUACUGUUCCAAUGUGUUGAUAUAUUUUGAUUUAUUUCUUGUCACUUUUACAUGACAAAAAAAUGUUUAUUUUUUUCAGACACAGUUUUGUGGUCUCUUUCAUAAAUGUAAAUACUGAUUUACAGACGGGUGGCAAAUUAAAGGGAAACAUGGUGGCUCUUAUUUGCUGUGGAGGUCAUUUUACUUGCAUGGUUUUGGUCCACUUGCACCCUUAAAGAAAAGAAUUACAGCAAAUCAAUACAAAGUUGUUCUGAUUGGUGAUCUUUAUUUAGAGAUAAAGCUUUUCUAUCCUGAUGGGAAUGGUCUGUUCCAGGAUGUACCCACCCCCUUUCAUAGUUCACAAGGAUUCACUCAGCAAUUUGAUGAGGAUGAAAAAGAUGAAAGCAUAUACUAUGGCCUUCACAGUCACCAGAUCUCAACUCACAUGAUCACCUGUGGUAGUUUAUUGAGUGAAGUUAAAUAGCGCUCUCCACAACACUACUUGAGUGCAGCCACUUACACAUUAGAAGAGUAAUAUUCAUUCCAGUACAGUUGAGUCUAUACCAGUGUCCAUUGAAGCUGUUCUGAUGGCUUGUGGCAGCCAAAUAAUGUAUGUUGUUUUUUCUUCUACUUUGUCACCCUUCUGUAGAUUUUUGACUUCACAAUUGGAAAUUAAACACUAACAGUGUUUGAAUUAUGGGGUAGCAAGGUCCAGCCCCCAAUGUUCAGCCAGAGGGCUCCUAGUUUUCACCAAAAUCUGUCAGAGGGGAUCCAGAUGAUUAAUGCAUAGGGCUGAAUGUCAUAAAGUUAUAUAUCUUAUAUAUCAUAAACUUGUGUGUCUGUAUAUUAACUUUCUGACAAAAGCAGUGAUAUAUAAUGAACUGAAGAGUUGUCAGGAGGCAUGUCCAUAUCUAGCUGAGUUAAAGAUCAGCUGUAAUAAACUGACGGUUGAGAGUGA